UCUUCGGUUUUUUUUGGGGGGGGGGGUUUAUUGGUGCAAACACUAAAUUUGAUGUUUUAAUAAUGUGUCAGGAGCAGCACCGCAAAAAUAAUUAUUGACAUAACUAAAUAUAUUAUGAAUUAUCUUUAGAUAUAUGUUAGACAUUUAGUUGCCACUUUAACAAUAUUUUAAAUGUUAAAAGUAAGUCUUAUGUUCUAAAUUUAACUUUGAUCAUAUCAAAUCUAAUUCAGUUUUUUUAGCUUAAUUUUUGCGAUGAACCAAAAACUAACUGUGUACGUGGGUUUGUUCGAUUUCAUCUACUGAAACAAUCCGCAUGGGCGGUGUUAAGACAUUACAUGUUUUGUUUUUUUUAAGAAAGAAAGUCCAAAUAACUUUUAUUAAAAUAAUAAAUCAAUGAACCUGCUCUCCGGUGACAGGAAAAAGACCCACGUCGCUGACAGAUGAGUCGGCCAGAUUACAUUUUUAUGAUGCACCCUCACUGCUCUCCGUUUGAUGUGUGCUGAACGCCGCCCGCGUUGCGCCAUUUUGAAAGUAAUACUGGGAGAGGCAGAGGCGAGGGAAAUCUCAAAGUAGAGUGCAAAGUCUAUAAUACAGUACUAAGGAUUGUAGUUUACUUUAUUUGGUUUAAAAACGGUUUCGUGCUGUCUAUAUCAACUGGGCCGUCGACUUGUCCGAUCCUCGGAGUCACUAGCAACACUCCCUGGUGUAUUCCUCCACUGCUCCUCGGGCAGAACCACCCAGCCGACCCGGGUCAGCACUGCUCCAGUCCAGGGCCCGAGCCCGCUACAGAGAUACCCUCAGUCUGAGUCGCUCACCAUGGCAGGGGCCGGCGGUGGGAACAGUGAUGUGCAGUGGUGCUUUUCCCAAGUCAAAGGAGCCAUAGAUGAUGAUGUCGCUGAAGCUGACAUCAUAUCUACUGUUGAAUUCAACCACUCUGGGGAGCUACUGGCCACUGGGGACAAAGGGGGUCGUGUUGUCAUCUUUCAGCAAGAGCCAGAGAGUAAGAAUCAGCCACAGUGCCGAGGAGAGUACAAUGUUUACAGCACCUUCCAGAGCCAUGAGCCGGAGUUUGACUACCUGAAAAGCCUUGAGAUCGAGGAGAAGAUCAACAAGAUUCGAUGGUUGCCUCAGAAGAACGCAGCACAGUUCCUUCUGUCUACAAAUGACAAAACCAUAAAGCUGUGGAAGAUUAGUGAGCGUGACAAGAGACCAGAGGGCUACAAUUUGAAGGAAGAAGAUGGGCGAUACAGAGAUCUCAAUACUGUCACAACACUACGGGUACCCGUGUUCAAGCCUAUGGACUUGAUGGUGGAAGCCAGCCCUAGACGGGUGUUUUCGAAUGCUCACACCUACCAUAUCAACUCCAUCUCAGUCAACAGCGAUUGUGAGACGUACCUGUCUGCAGAUGACCUGCGCAUUAACCUAUGGAAUCUGGAGAUCAACGAUCGCAGCUUUAACAUUGUUGACAUUAAGCCAGCUAAUAUGGAGGAGUUGACGGAGGUGAUCACAGCAGCGGAGUUCCACCCAAACCAAUGCAACACCUUUGUCUACAGCAGCAGCAAGGGCACCAUCCGCUUGUGUGACAUGAGGGCAUCAGCACUGUGCGACAAGCACGCCAAACAGUUUGAAGAGCCAGAGGAUCCGAACAAUCGUUCCUUCUUUUCUGAAAUCAUCUCAUCCAUCUCUGAUGUAAAGUUCAGCCACAGUGGACGCUACAUGAUGACCCGCGACUACCUGUCGGUCAAAAUCUGGGAUCUCAACAUGGAGUCCCGGCCAGUAGAGACAUAUCAGGUGCAUGAAUAUCUCAGGAGUAAAUUGUGUUCACUCUAUGAGAAUGACUGCAUCUUCGACAAGUUUGAGUGCUGUUGGAAUGGGAACGACAGCGUUGUGAUGACCGGUUCCUACAACAACUUCUUCAGGAUGUUUGACAGAGGCUACCGGCAGGACGUAACCCUGGAGGCGUCGCGGGAGAACAGCAAGCCACGGUCGGUCCUGAAACCUCGCAAAGUAAGCACAGGUGGGAAGCGCAAAAAGGAUGAGAUCAGUGUAGACAGUCUGGACUUUAACAAGAAGAUCCUCCACACUGCCUGGCAUCCUCUGGACAACAUCAUUGCUGUGGCCACCACCAACAAUCUGUACAUAUUCCAGGAAAAACUGAACUAGCAUUUGUUGAACCACUCAGAUCCCAGUUUCUGCUUGAGCCCCACUGCUCUGAUACACGCAUACAAACGAUAUCUGUCUCUCUUUGGCAAAAUCCCCAAGUCUUGAUAUGAUCUUCCCUCUGGGACUUUAGUAUUGAAUGUGACAAGACUUACUCUGUCAACAGCAAACCGUGGCAUAAACACAGUACAUCCAAGCAGGCACAUUUUCUAUGUGUAUGACAAAUACAAACAUGCAGGGUUUGUAGAUCAGAGUCCAGAAUUUGGGAUUUAGGGUCAUGGGUUUUCUCCAUUAAGAGAACUACAUUUACCACGCUACCGUUUGCAACUCCACUACAUCCCAAACCAAAGGGAAAAUGUGUUAAAUGCACAUGUUUUGUUUUUCUUUCUUCUUUUGUGCCAUCGUGACAUGAUUCACUUGUAUGUCAUAGCUACCAAUUGUUAAGAUUCUGUAGCUACCAUGUUUUAUUAGUUUUGAAUAGGAAAUUCUUUCUACUGCUUUCUGUCACCACGUUCCUUUCCGUGCUGUCUUGAAACACUGCUAAUACAAGCUGUCAACACUCCAUAUUUGCCCGAAGUAUUUCUCAAGUUGCCAAGUUCUCUCACCGCUUCUUUCCUAAUGUACAGUAUGGUUACGCUGUUAAAGGACUGUCCUCGUGUUUUAUCAUGUUUUAGCUCAUUCUCUACAAAUAGUGUAUAACGUACAUUACUGCUAACCUUUGACCUCAGCUUAUCAAUACUUAAUUUCUCUACAGUAAGAAACUCAAUUUACUUGACAUUGAAUUGAUAUUCUAACACGGUUGACUUGUUGUCUUUGAAUAAGUGAAAGUAAUUGUUUGUUACAAUCAGAGAAAACUCAUGGUGUUCAUGCAUCCGUAACAUCUGACUCAUUUAACUGAUUUAAAUUACUUAAAAUCUGCCUUUUUUUUAAUGCAGGAAACCAUGAAAUUCACCUCAAUCCUUUUUAAAAACAUAAUUUCUCUUGUUUGUCUUCUGGAUUAGAGUUUCUGUUAGAAUAUUUAGUAAAUGCAUUGGUUUUGUGACGAGCUGUAAUCCCUGGUCCUCUGACUAAAUGUUCUCUGAGACGGAUCUCAAGCAAGUUUCAAGCCUGUGAGUAGAUUUUCAUUGUGUAUUGAAAUGAAUACAUUUAGCAAAAUGGUCAGCAGUAAUGUAUCAUUUGUAGUUAAUGUCCAAAAACAUUUAAAGAGAAAAUCACCAAUGUAGUCUUUUAACAUGGUCACAAGAACGACGUGCGCACACAUUCGUCAGGUCUUGUGGUUUUGGGAGUUGAAUGAGGGCUAAUCAUGCCAAAGUAAGCCGUCGUAUACACCCUAAAGUUAUAUUCAUUUAGAGCCGUCUUGCAGACGAUGUGUCCCUGAUCAUGUGUGGACCAUUGUGUAAAAGCUCAGGACGAAAGCUUGUAUAGGUGGAAGGGCGUGAUGGUGUGAUGUAGCCUAAUUCUCUCCUGGUCUGUGGCACCAUAACUGAGUACCGCUGCCAGCUUCCCCACAAAGCCUGUCGUGUUGUUGCAGAUUGAUGGAUCGCUUUAAUCUCUGGAUCUAGUUUCUGUUUGUAGAGAUUUUUUUUAUGAUGUUUUGUACUGUACCUGGUGAUAAAAGAAGAAUAAUCACUAUAGCUGAUUUAUUUUUGUAUAAAUUAAGGCAAUAGGAUUACAGUCUGAUCACUGUAGUUUCUUUAGCUGUCUAUCUCGGACUGAUUGUAGAUGGGAGGUUGCCUGGUCCGGUAAACCUUUUUGUCAUGACUUUGGGAUAUUUUUGUUCUUUCUUGGCGGGUAUUUCUUUAAAAGCUAGAGACUUUUUUUUGCGACAUCAAGGGAGUUUGACGUUUCUCACGUUGGAUGUCCAAAGAAAAGUCGUUUCAGGUGUCAGUACCUCUGUAGUCAUAAGCACUAUAACAGUUUAUUUUUUUAAUUUGGCUGACUGUAACUGAUGUUUAUGUAGAACUUAUUUGGAUGCUUCAGAGUUAGAUUUGGAUCUUAACUUUCUGAUUUUGUGCCAUGGUUUUUUUUUUUUCUGAAUCAUUUUUGCUCGCUGUGAAAGAAUAGGCCUGUGUGGGUCUAAAUAGGAAAGAAAUUUAAAUCAACAUGUAAUGGUAAAACUGCUAAAUCAAGUUCUCUAAAGCUAGUCAAGUCUAGGCAGAGUUACUGAUUUUAGGUUUAUUGUAUGAAAUGUCUUCUGUGAUGCAGGAGAAUACAGACUUGUUUAUUUAAAAAGGAGAUUUGGUUUGCAGAUGACUGUAUGAAAGUGGUCAUUACUGACUGUAUUGAACAUGGGAAAAUACUUUUAAAACAUGAACUCUGCUGUUUCUCUGCUACACUAUGCUUCAGUCCCACUCAGCCAUUCUCUUCUGGAGAAAACAGGUUGAUUGAUAGCAGUUUUCCACUUAAAAUGACGUUUUGAUGACAGAUUAAGCCAUUGAAUAUUUAUCUAAGUUAACGUGUCACUCUUACCUUCUUUGAGAACUGAUUUCCAAUCGCAAGGAUGCCACCAAAAUACCCUUCCAUCUUCAUACGGUGGUGUGAAGCUGCUGUUGACUGUCUCUCAGGGCUCUGGGUAAUCUCUAGUAAUGGACACUUUGCUAAUCUUUUUUUUUUAUUUUGCAACCUCUUCAAAAACAACUUUUCUUUAGUGUCUGAUGCAAGGUUGUGUGAGGAUCAUUGUCAUGUCGUUUAUGCAUAAACCUGUAUAAUGUGGCACCUUUGUCCCAUUCCACAGUCAAGGAUGAUCAAUUAGCCACCAAACAACGAAGGAGAGUUGUGCAUAAAAUAAAUAUGAGAUCAGGGAUCUGCCUCGUCCUGUCCUUCAUCCAAAGGAAGAAUUUACUUUCUCACUCUUUGUUAAAUAACUAUUUACUCUAACAACCUGUUGGAAGAUGUGAGAGAGGUUUGAAAAUACAAAAAUCUGUAAAAAAAUAAAUAAAUAAUGAUAUUAGAUCUGAA